AUGUCAAAAGUCCAACCCGUCAAGAAGAAUGUCGAGAAACAGAAUUCAAACUUGGCUCGCUUUCCCGAAGACUUGAUUAUUCGGGAGACGGUACCCGGGCAAGAUACGACAGAGGAGCUUGAAAUGAUUGCUCAAAGCGAAGAAGAAGUUGACGUAAAUUUUGUCAAUGAAUUUGGCCACACUUCCUUAGGCACAGCAGCGUUUGUUGGAAGCAUGAAGUGCUGCAAGAUUCUCAUACAACUCGGGGCAGAGGUAGGGAAACGAGACGAGGAUGGGUGGACGGCUAUGCAUUAUGCGAUGGCUAAGGGAUAUUUGGAUGUAGUGAAGUAUUUGAUUAUGUGUGGAGGUGAUAUUUACAUGCAGAAUAACGACGGCGACUCGCCAUUAGAAUUUGUUGAAGAUGAUGAAGUAAGAAGGGUUUUGCUGACCUUACACGAGAAGCACUGGGAGAGAAAAACGCAAGCUUAA